CCUGAGGAUUUUUCGUGUUCUCCGGCGGAGAUAUUGCGGGCAGAAACGUUGACACACUCUCUCUCACUUCAUCGGAGACCACAUAUAUGGCGACGGAGCUGGAAGAGCUUGUUGAAUUUUUGUCAUCUCCUUCUCCGCCUGUGAAGAAAGCUGCGGUGGAGAUUGUUAGUGGGUUAACUGGUUCGGAGGAGGGUUUACAAUCUCUAUCCAAGUAUUCUGAGAUUCUUCUUCCAUCUCUGUCUCGUCUUCUAUAUGAAAGCAAGGAGGUAUCAGAGCCAGCAGCUCAGGCUCUUGUAAAUCUUUCUCAGAACUCUGAAAUUGCUGGGAAGAUGAUUCAAAUGGGCUUGAUCAAAGUGGCCAUGGACAUGUUGUAUAAACCAGAGUCUUGUAUUACCAGAUUGCUUGUUAUGCUUCUGGUUAAUCUCACUCAGUUGGAUGAUGGGGUUUCUUCUUUGCUUCAGAUUGACGAUGAGAAGAUGCAUGGACUACAUAUCAUGAAGCUUGUUAGGUCAUUUUGCAGGUCUGCUGAUGAAACUUCUGAUGAUAAGUUUGAGCAUGUCGGCUCAAUCCUUGUCAACAUAUCAAAAACAGAAGAUGGGAGGAAAUUGUUACUGGAGCCAAAGAGAGGACUACUGAAACAGAUUAUUAGGCAGUUUGAUUCUACAAAUCAAUUGCGAAAGAAAGGGGUAGCUGGAACAAUUCGUAACUGCUGUUUUGAAGCGAAAAACCAACUCCAGAAUAUACUCUUGAUAUCAGAGUUUCUCUGGCCCGCUCUGCUCCUACCAGUUGCAGGCAACAAGACAUACAGUGAGCAGGAUAUCUCAAAAAUGCCACCUGAGCUUGGAAGUGCACUUUCCAUUGAGCGAGAACCAGUUACUGAUCCUGAUAUUCGCGUUCAGACACUAGAAGCUAUAUAUUUGAUCAUCUUAGAGGAGGCAGGUCGAAGAGCAUUUUGGUCAGUCAACGGACCACGGAUUCUACAAGUGGGAUACGAAUACGAGGAAGAUCCGAAAGCAAUGAGAGCUUAUGAGCAAGUCGGUUCUUUGCUUGUUGAAGAAACCGGAGGCCCUGAAGAUUCAUCGGAACCGACAAAAGCAGAGUCUUAAAAAGUUAACAUUAUUUGUUGUCUAUGGCUCUUAGUCCCCAUUUUUGCCGGCUCUCCAAAAGGAAGUAACUUGUCCUGUAUCAUGAACAAAGUUAUCUUCUCUCUUUUCCAUGGGAAGAGUUGCUAUUAUAUUUUGUGCACUUGUUGUAACACUAGAGAUUUCCUAUUAACUUAUCUUAUUAGUGUUCCAUCUUCUAUUUGAUAAAGACUUGUUACACAUU